AUCGAUUAAUUUGAAUCAUAAUCAUAAUCAUCAUCAAGAAGAAUCAACAUCACCAUCAUCAUUAACAUAUUAUCCAACAAAUUAUCAUGUUUCAACAGUUAAUAAUAAUAAUAAUGAUCAUAAUUAUUUACCAAUAACUAAUUCAUCAUCAUCAUCAUUUCCGUCUGUAUAUCAUCAUCAUGCUGCUCAACAUUAUGGUUAUCAUCAUAAACCAUCUUAUUCAUCAUCAACGUAUCCACCGCCAAUACAUCCGGUGGAUCAUCAUCAUCAUCAUCAUCAACAUCCGGAUCAUUGGAAUUCAAUGGAAACAACAAAUAAUUUCAUUUCGAAUACAAUUUGUAUGGAACCAAUGAUGACAAAUAAUAAUGAUAAUAACAAUUUUGAUUCACCACCAACGGCAACAACAACUUCAUCAACAUCAAGUUAUUGUUAUCUGGAAAAUAAACAUAAUGCUCGUCCACAACAAACGAUGAAAUGGUCAACAACAACCGCAUCAUUGAUGGAAAAUGAUAAUGAUGAUGAUGAAAAUGAAGAUUGUAGUAGUAGAAAAAAUCAUGAUCAAAGAUUAGCCGCUUUAACAACAACAACAACAACAACGCCGACAGGAACAAAAACCGAAGCUAUAACCGGCAUUGAUUCAGAAAAAUUUAAUUAUUAUCCACAUAUAACCGAUAAAAUGAGCGAUGAUGAUGUUAAUAAUAAGAAUCAUUGUUGUUCAUUUGAACAAUCAAAUUCAAUGGAAAUAUCUGAUCAUUGUUGUAAACAAACAACAAACAACGACGAUCAUGUUGAUGAUACUGUUAUUUGUGGCGAUGAUGGUAUUGGUGUUGUUGGUGAUGAUGAAAAUUAUAUAACAAUAACACGAACAACAUCAAAUGGUCAAAUUAUAAAAGUGGUCACAAAACGACGUUCAGCAAAUAAAAAAGAACGUCGUCGUACACAAUCGAUUAAUAGUGCAUUCUCAAAUCUACGUGAUUGUAUACCAAAUGUACCGGCGGAUACAAAAUUAUCUAAAAUUAAAACCCUACGAUUAGCCACUAGUUAUAUAUCAUAUCUAAUGAAAAUAUUGGAUAGUCCAUAUGAAAAUUGUACAAAAUUAUUAACAGAAGGUUUUCGUGCCGAUCUAACCAAUGCCAAACGUUCAACACAACAGAAUCGUAUUGAAACACAAAAUGAAAUUCAACGACAAUUACGUUUACAGCAAUAUAAACAAGCAAUUGUGACGAAUAAAAAACGUUCAUCAAGAAGUCAUCACCAUUCGAGUAAUAAUAAAACAAAUAUAACAGCAUCAUCAUCAUCAUUUACAAAUGAAAAUAUUAUCCACCAUCAUUCACAUCAUUCAAUCGAUCCACAUUAUCGUCAUCUUUCUCAUUAUAGUCAUCAACAACCUUUUGAUCUUAGUGUGGAAAAAUUAUCAUCAUCCACAACAACAUUGGAUAGAAAUAUUAAUCCGAUUGAAACAUUAUCAUCUUCAUCAGUAGCAGCAGCAGCAGUAACAACAACAACAGAUGAAUUAUCAUUGGAUAAAACAACAACAGCAACAGCAGCAGCGACAACAUCUGAUACAAUAUAUAAUUCAUCUACAAUAGCAACAGAAACAACACCGAUACCAACAUCAGCAAUUCAUAAUGAUGGUGAUGGAAUGACAACAACAACAACAACAGCAACAGCAGCAACAAUGAUGAUGAUGGUAACACAACAACGACCACGUUGUCGUACCGGUUGGCCACAACAUGUUUGGGCAUUAGAACUUAAAAAUUAUGAUCAAUGAAUAAUAAUGAAUCAACUAAACACAUAACACACACACACACACACGUGCGUGCUUCAAGUUUUUUUUUUGAUUGUCAUUGAGAACAUCUCAUUUUCCUUCUCAUGGUUAUCUACACGUGUGCAGGAAAAAAACAAACCACAACGCCAAUCAUGUAAUCAAAUUUUGAAAUUUUGUUGUAACUACUACCGGUCGUGUAAUUUGAAACCAAACGAUACAUGGUGAAUGUGAAUUCUAUAAUCAAAUACAAAUUUUUUGGCUAAUCCAUCAUCAAUUUUUUUUUUCGUUGGAAAAAAAUUUUUCA